AUGAGUCAUGUAGAAGAUUCCCAGGGUGACCAAAAUGAAACUUGUUUUCAGAGUGAGGAAGCUGAAGCUUGCUUGAAAAAUGAAGACUCAAGCACACGUUCUUUGGAUUGGCAGCAACAGUUUGAUGUCACGCUGGGAAGGAUGGUUUACAUCAACAGAGUAACUGGACUUAGCACAUUCAUUGCUCCUACAAAGGACUCUGAGGCAGCUUGUAUGAAAGAUCUGACCACUGUGGCUGUGAAUGUUGUCCUUGAAAAUGGGUUUCAGUACAAGUGUUACCCUUUUAGAAGCGACCUUGUUCUUCCUUUCCUCCCUAGAGCUCGGGAAGAGAGGACUGUGGUGAGACAGAAUAACAAAGAUACUGUGGAUAAUGCUUCAGGUGGUGAAUCACUUCAGUCUUUGUUCUCAAAAUGGGACAAUCCAGUAUUUGCCCAUUAUCCAGAGGUUCUCCAGCAAGUGGAUAACAAGUUUAUUGCCUGCUUAAUGAGCACUAAGACUGAAGACAUUGGUAAGACAGGUGGAAACCUGCUUGUACUAGUGGACCAGCACGCUGCCCAUGAGCGUGUCCGUUUGGAACAGCUUAUAAUUGAUUCCUAUGAGAAGCAACAGCCACAAGGCACUGGUCGGAAAAAGCUACUGUCUUCUACUAUCAGUCCGCCACUAGAAAUAACAGUGACAGAAGAGCAAAGAAGAUUAUUAUGGUGUUACCACAAAAACCUGGAAGAGCUGGGCCUUGAUUUUAUAUUUCCAGACACUAGUGAUUCUGUAGUCCUUGUGGGGAAAGUACCACUCUGUUUUGUAGAAAGAGAAGCCAAUGAACUUCGAAGAGGAAGAUCAACUGUGGCCAAGAGUAUUGUGGAGGAAUAUAUUCGAGAACAGGUGGAGUUACUCCAGACCACAGGAGGCAUCCAGGGGACUUUGCCAUUGACUGUCCAGAAGGUGUUGGCAUCUCAGGCCUGCCACGGGGCCAUUAAGUUUAAUGAUGGGCUGAGCCUAGAGGAGAGCCAUCGCCUGAUUGAAGCUUUGUCCUGGUGCCAGCUGCCAUUCCAGUGUGCUCAUGGGAGACCUUCCAUACUGCCGUUGGCCGACAUAGACCAUUUGGAGCAGGAAAGACAGAUUAAGCCCAAUCUUGCUAAACUUUGUAGAAUGGCCCGGGCCUGGAGUCUCUUUGGAAAAGCAGAACGCUGUGAUACAAGACAGACUCUGGAGGCACCCGUACCUCCCUGUGAGCCAACAUGA